GAUAAAAAGUUUAUGGUUGCGUAUAUUUCAUCACAUAAAAUGGUUAAAGUUUUAGCAUGUGUUACCUUUAUUUCAGAAUAUGGUGAUGAGGACGUUCAACUGGUGUGUUCCCAUUUUGAGAAAACGCUGAAGCGUGCGGUGGCAGAGUUCACACCAGUGGCAGCAAUAAACGAGUGGAAACUUUUGAAGAAACUGGUGCCAAAAAAGCAUGGCAACGACUUAUCAGACCUGGGAUGGGACCAGGUACUGACAGGAGCAGUGGCAGAUGAUCUGCCAAAUAUCACCCUAGUGAUUGACCUGCUGUUGACGCUCCCAUCCACUAGUGUGCGUUGCGAGACCGCAUUCUCACAGCUGAAACUCCUCAAAACUUGCAGGAGGCAAAAGAUGGGGGAAACUGUUCUACUGGACCUGAUGACCGUCAAGCUGUUGUCACCCAGCAUAGAUGCCUUCAAUCCAGAAUCUGCUAUAGAUUCAUGGCUGGCUGAGCCUUCUGGUGGAAGACGGACAUCUUACACACGCAGUCGCAAGCGUAAGCAUGACCCAGAAACCACAGACAUUUCUGCCCCAUCAACUUCUUCAAGUGCAGUGAUAUGCCUGGAAUCAGACUCCACUCACUCCGACUCAGAGGAAGAUGCUGAAGUGCCUGUGCCCAGUGUGGUACAAAUCACUAACUUCGAAAAGGAGAUUGACAAACUGUGUGACAAUGAUGAAGAAGAUAUGGAAAUCGAAGAAGAUUGCGAAGACUUUCAAGACGAGAUGACAAACACUGAAAAACUGCUGUCUUAUUAGAAUAAAGGCUUGUUGAGCUAAAAUAAAGGGUUUUUCUUAAUGUACAUAGUUGUGUUGUUGUUUUUUUUCGGUCCGGCUAAAUUUUCUCCGGACCGGCACAUUUUCUGAAAUGCCUGUCCGGAUGACCGGCAGUUUUUUUCCGAUUUCGCGAAG